AUGACCAGCGCCACCGUGUACAGGAUGAAGCAGGGUAACAGCAUAUCUUCGAGCCAUUUGGAAGGAAGCGUACCGGUGGAAAACGACACCACGAGCUCUCCUUCGGAAGGAUCCACGUACAGCGAUAGUGCCGCAUCGGAGUACUACCUCGCGUUCAGCUACAACGGGUACGAUUGCUUUCGAAGUGUCGUGGAGAUCGCACUGAGUGUGUCCUUUCUGGCGGCGAACAGCAACUUGCUGCGGUUGUUGGUGAGCUUCAAAGAGACGGAAUCGUUCAUCGCCAGCGAAGUGCUGGUGACGAUCUCGAUCGUCCUGCAGAUCCUGGUCGCUGUAUCCAUCGUCACGAUUACGCAGGUGAACGAUCCCAGCCGUUUUGCGAUGAUGAAAGCAUGCGCCGUGACAGGAGCGAUCAUCAUUUCGCUGGUCAACCUGCUGAUACCGUUCAUGAUCAAUGUGGAGCACGCGAGGAUAGAUUUCGGUGAGAUCUAUCGCAGCUACGCCGGACCUACUGCACUACCAAACGUUAGCUUUACGUAA